AUGGUGAAGCUGAGGAAAGAGGCCAAGCAGAGGCUGCAGCAACUCUUCAAGGGCAGCCAGUUCACCAUCUGCUGGGGGUUUAUCCCUCUCAUUAUUCACCUGGGAUUUAAAAGGGGUGAAGAUACUGGGAUGCAGGAACCAACAGUUUUAACCCUACUUUGGGGAUAAAGGACUAUUUGGUCAUCUGGACUUAGAAGCAAUACUCGAACAAAGACACCAUGGAAGGUGUGUGCUCUUGAUAGGAUAAGACAUAGGACAUAG